GGGUGGCCGGUGGGUUCAAGAAAUCGAAUAACUGCAAACCCAAAAGAUCUGUAUCCUUCUUUUCUGAUUUCUGACCUUCUUCCAAUUCCCCCAAAAAAAAUCUAACCCCUAACCCAGCCGCCGCCUCACAUCUAUCGUACGGCCAGAGGUCCGGCGACACCCCCCGAAACCGAACAUGGAAGCCGCCGGCGGGAAUCUCGAUCUCAACGACACCGCCAAUUCCGCUCUCGUCGAUUCCUUCUGCGAGAUCACCUCCUCCACCAGGCAGGAAGCCGCUUUCUUCCUCGAGAGCCACCAAUGGGAUCUCGACGCCGCCGUUUCCACCUUCCUCGACAACGAUAACACCGCUGUCGCUGUUGCCCCUUCUUCUGCUGUACCUGCUGCUCCUCCGACUGGCGGUGGUGGCGGGGGCACUCCUUCUCCGACUGAUUCGCCGGACGAAUCGAUGUCUCCUAACUAUUCCCCCUCUCAGUCUCCUGCUAGGUCUAGGUCACGGUCACGAUCCCGCUCCCUGUCCCCUGCUCCCGCCACUAUGUCUAGGUUGCCUUACCAGCUGAGGCAGAGAGAGGAGAAGAAGAAUAAGAAGACUGGUACGGCCGGUGCUAGUGGGAGUGGGAAUCGUGGUGGAAUAAGGACUUUGGCUGAUCUCAAUCGGAUCCCUGGCGGUUCUGAUAGCGAUGACGACGACGACGAGCCGCAGGAGUAUUACACCGGCGGCGAGAAGAGCGGCAUGCUAGUCCAAGAUCCUACAAGGCGCUAUGAUGCCGAUUCCAUUUUCGACCAGGCUAGAAACUCAGGAGCUGUUCAAAGGCCCGAGGAUUCUUCUGCUCGAUCUUCUUCAGCUUCGAGAAGCUUUACUGGAACUGGGAGACUACUCACUGGAGAGACAGUUCCUACUUCUGCUCAGCCACCUGAGUCUGUCAAUCAUACCAUCACUCUCUGGAGGAAUGGCUUCACUGUCAAUGAUGGGCCUUUGAGGAGGCUGAAUGAUCCUGCUAAUGCUGACUUCCUUGAGAGUGUUCAGAGGUCUGAGUGUCCAAGAGAGCUGGAACCAGCAGACAGGAGAACUAAAGUCCAUCUCGCCCUAGUGAGACGGGAUGAAAACUACGCAGAACCAGCAAAGAAGAAACCAGCCUUCCAAGGCGUGGGCAGAACUCUGGGAACUACCGGUGAUGGUGGAGCCUCAGCAUCAGAGUCGCCAGCAGCCCCACCGUUGAAGUCUGCUCCAGCUCCCUCAGUCGGUCUCACCGUAGAUUCUUCAUCACCAACAACAUCGAUUCAGCUCAGGUUGGCAGAUGGGACCCGGAUGGUGUCCCGGUUCAACCUCCACCACACCAUAAGAGAUGUGCGUGCUUUCAUCGUGGCAUCGAGACCUGGUGAAGCUCAAGAUUUCCAGCUGCAGACAAUGGGGUUUCCUCCCAGACAGCUCACUGAUCCUGAUCAGACAAUAAAGGACGCUGAGAUCGUGAAUUCGGUCGUGAUGCAGAAAUUCUAGAUCAGAUUACACCGGUAACCUCAUUGCUAGGUAGGUCAGUGGCAUUGUUAGCUAAGACGAUUCGUUUUUCCGUUUCUCAACUGUUAUUAUUGUCGGAUGGAUUCAGGCUAUGUGUAGGAAGAUUGUCAAUCACACUAUUUAUUCAAAUCAAUUUGAAUUAGCUUGAAGAGUUUCUUUUAUAUAUUUCUGAAGCAAUCCGGAGAAAAGGGCAACGAUUAUUAUCAAUUUAUUUGAAAGGCUUGCCAUGCCCACGGCGAGGCUUAUCAGAAUUUGAAGGAGUUUUAUCUGUUGAAUCCUGUACAUAUAUAAAUGAAAGGCUUUGUUUAAA